UAGCAGCAGUUGCAUUCUUUAAUGCCCUUGGUUCUGUUCUUCAUCAUCAGAUCAGGACAGGUAAAUUUAAAUGGGCUGAAUACAAUUAUUAGGAAAAGACUUCUUUUGGUAUAGAACUAGAAGUAGAACUUGUCUCUUUCAAUCCUGUUAGAGGAGUGUGUUCUUUAUGCCUGACUUGUGAUCAUCAGUAAAGUCGGAAAAAGUUGUAAUGGUUUGCACGGGAUAUCUAUAGUUUCAACUGUUUUCUGAUAAUAUCAUCCAACCACUUUUUCUCACAUAUCUUCAUUCUUCCAAAGGUUUCUGCUUCUCCACCCUUUUUUUCUCCAUGGACAGUCUGCUGGCGGAAUGAAACUGCUGAAUGCCCACAUGGAAAAGUCAAGAGAAGAAGCCAUGAAAUCAAAUUGUCCCAGAAAGCUAGACUUCAAUUUGCCACUGUUAUCAACCAGACGGCUCGGUGUUUUCCCUGGUGCAAACUCACGUAUCGCUUCCCAGGAUACAGGUGAUGGGAUCCCAUUUUGCUGGGAACAAGCUCCUGGCAAACCCAAGAACCUGGAGAUAAAUGACAUCCGCGAGGGAGACACUCCCCGUCCUAAGCUCCCACCCUGCAGAUGGCAGCCACAGAAAAAACCACUCCCAAAGCCAAAUGCUCUCAACAUUCACGCCCACGACGACGGUUGCGAUGCUGAUGUAGAUGACAAUGGCGAUGCUGAAGACGAGGAUGAUGUAUACUCAGAUGCUGUAGAUGUUCUAUCACUAACAGAAGCAAUAGACAUUGUCCAGAAAGCUGAGGAUCAUCAGGAAGCAAUGGAUAGUUUAAAUUUAGAGAGCGUGGAGUCUAGGGGUGGCCAGUCACCCAAUUUCAUGAUCGAGCGCUUUCUUCCUGAUGCUACUGCAAUAGCUGCAUCAUCUGCAUUGUAUUCUGCAAAGAAUUUGAACAGGAAGCUUCCAUAUUUUUGCAGCAAUUAUGCCGAGGAGUACAAUUCACAAACAGUUGUGGGGUCAUGUUCUUCAGAGGCAUCCCAGAAAGGAUGCGGGCUAGAACUUUUGUUUCCCUGGCGAAUGAAGCACAAGCUAUGUGGUAUAAAGAGCCCUGUCCGGCAAGUCUCAUCAAAUGUCCGAUCUCUGUCUCUUACUACAAAACAACACAAACAUUGUUCAACUGCUAGGCCUUUUACCCGUGUAAAGAAAGAUUCUUAAUUUACAAAUUACAGAUUCUCUUAUAAAUAUUAAUAUAUAUAUCUUCAUGUUUAGUGUUUUAUUCUAUUGAUGUUGGAUAAUGAAAAACGUAAUUCCCAUUAUCAUAAA